UGGGUGCACGUUGGGGUGUUGCAGCUGAGUUCUAUAGUUCUUAAUAGUGACGCGCGUGGAAUACUGAAUGGAGAUGUACGGUUGAAAUGCAAAAUGAAACAUUAUUUGUCUUCUACGACAGAUUCAGAGUACUGACAACAAGUAAUCGUGCGGCAAUGCUAAACAAUAUCUCAAUUUAACAGGUAUGUUUGUUGAGCGAGGAUAAAACCAAUGCAUUCCUGUAUCACCUUCAGACUUAACGAUAUCCUGUUGAAAAUAAAAAAAAAUACUUAUUAUUAAACGAACAUUUGCCUUGUCCCACAUCAAGAUUACCAUAACGAUAUCCCAUUGCGCAAGAGGUGUCCAAGGCAGUGUAGAAGUGUCGUCUCCAUGUGGCAGCGACUCUACCACCUCAGUCAUGUCCCUCUCGCUCCUCCUAUCCUCCACUGAACACUUACUGGUUACGUAAUGUCGAUGGGUUGGGGAGGAAUGGUGGUGGGACCUGGAUGGUGGGGAGCUGGUGGAGGAGGUAAGAGUGCUGUUCAACUGCUACAAGAGAGUAAGUCUCGUUAUGUUAAAAGUGACCAUGUACUUGGUAGUAGUCAAACCCCCGCUCGGCCAGAACGCCUCCACAUUUCCUCCAAUCCAAAUAUUUUCCUGAGUGCUCCAUCACACACACUCCAUGUAUCAAGACCUUCUCCAGCUCCUGAGCGGCGCCAUGCUCUUGCUGAUCACAAUAAUAUUGUGAAUUUACGUGACCACCCAAGCCUUGCAGGUUUGUCUCCUCCGCGUCCAGUCCCAUUAAGUGGCCCUGCAUCUUUAGGAGCACAGCCUCCUCCUCUGCCAGCACGUUCACCUCGUGUCACACCCCGUCCAAAAGUUAGGGGACAAGAAGGCCAUGGCGGGCGCUGCGGUAGUGAUUUACGGCGUUCUCUCUCUCAUGGACCAGGAGACCGCAAUGAUAAUGUCCAGAUGAAACUACGCCGCUUGCUCAACACUGACUCCCAGGAAAAUUUAGCAUCAUUGUUGCAACCACCUAGUGAUGUCAAGCCAAAAAUACCUCCUCCUGCACCUCGAGGGGGGAUUAAAGCUUCUCCCCCAGGCACUUACCGUGCUGAACCUGCUACAGUCACUACGCACAAAUCAUUACCGGAUCUCAACCGCUCAUCUUCUCCAGCAGGAGAAACAGACUCUGAAUGUGGUACUAGUGGACACCGGCGGCCGUCAUGCCCAGGUGCAAUCCCUUCCAUCAGUAUUGCACCAGAACCUCCUCCCCGACCACCUCGUAUGUUUCGUGAUCCCCCACCUCCUCCUGAACAUUCUACAGACAGGCCUCCAGCAAGGCCACCUCUUCCACAUAGACUGAGAGAACCAUCCAUACCCCGAAUAUCCCGGUCUGGUGCAUCUGCCGGAACAUUGAUGCCUACUGAUGGUCGGAGAUCAUCAGACAGUGAUGUGUCUGCAUAUGGAGGCACUGGCAGUGGGGUCAAUAAUAAUGAAGAGGGACGACGCAGACCAAUUCUCAGGUCCAGAUCUGAUGUUACACAUGAGCGAGGCCGUUGGGAAGAAGAUCUCCACAACUCCUUGGCACCUCUAGAUUUAGAAGCUUUCUUUGAAUCUAUGGGUCUAGACUCUGCUACACAUCGCCAACUUACCUCUCCACCCAAUUCACCACAUUCAUCGCCAGUCUAUUUUGAGGAGGUUUCUUCUGAAGAAUCAGGUCCAUUAGGUGGUCGUCGAGGUAGCUCCGACUCUGAUGAUGGGAGGGGACUAUCAGGUCCUGGCCCUGGUCCACCUUUACCUCUGCGUGGUACAGGAGAGCCAUCUAUUGUAGAGAAAAAUGCACGUGUCAUCAAGUGGCUCUUCAACUGCCAGAAGGCACAGGGCACGUAUGUCUCACGAGUAUCUUCCACCAAGAGUUAGCCACAUGGCUUAGCCACAGUAUUUACUAGUCUUCAGCCAUUAUUAAUUGCGUAAGAGAGGAAAGUGUGAGGGGAUAAGCAGACUAGCUGUUCCCUCCUCUCCACUGUUGCACAUCUUUGGCUGUUUUACUGUGAUAAUCAGAGUGAAACCUCAUACAUAGAGCACAGUCAGCCCUAAAUAGUUCAGCAGUCAUUUAUCCUAAGUUGCAGGAUCCAUCAGAACAUAAUUAUAGAAUACACUUCUAAUAUUAGUACUGUACCAUAGAGAGUGGUUUAUCUCUCUUUGUUUCUUUAACGUGUAACCACACAAAAAAUUUUCUUAUGCAUUUUAGCAAAUGAUAUUUUCCACACCUCGGAAUGAAAGAUUUGGAACGAAUACUUGGAAAAUCUAAGCAAUGAAAAAUUAAUAUGCUGUACAGUAUGGACAUCUGUGGUGUAAUGGUCAGCAUUCUCGCCUCUUAAACAAGUCGACCUGGGUUUGAUUCCUGGGCAGAGUGAAACUAUGGGCAUGUUACUUUAUCCCAUUUGCCUCUCUCUACCCAGCAGUACUUGGGGACCUAGAUGGUAAUACAGUAGAUUUACUGAUCGUGUUCCGGGGUAAUAGUUGCAUAAGAACUCUACUGGAAACAAGUCUCUCAUGGCAGACCACCAAGAACAGUACAGUACAUGGAGCAUGAGUGUGGCAGACCACCAAGAACAGUACAGUACAUGGAGCAUGAGUGUGGCAGACCACCAAGAACAGUACAGUACAUGGAGCAUGAGUGUGGCAGACCACCAAGAACAGUACAGUACAUGGAGCAUGAGUGUGGCAGACCACCAAGAACAGUACAGUACAUGGCGA